AUGAGAGGAAGCGAGCCCAACGGCCGCUCUGCCGGAGAAGCAGAUGAAGCUGAAGUCGAAUCCACUCAAAUAUUGGUCAAUCCAUGUUCCAUCAUAAGUCGAGCCAUAGCUGGCGCAGAUACAUCCUCAAGACAACCUCAUGCUAGCAUACUGUUGGAUGCGGCCUAUCUUGACGCAUUGCUAACUGGAUGCUGCUUAGUAUUUGACAGUGUUGCCGACAAAUUAAAGCGAUGCUAA